CGAUCCCAAACUUAUCAGCUCGCUUUCAGAAGCAAACAAUAUCUCAUUCGAACAAGUCUAAAAAAAUUUUAUUCAACAAAAUGCAAAGAAAUUUGUUGACUUCCUUAAGCCCGUUGUUCCGGCGGUCCCAAGUGCUGUCUCCGCUGUUCGCGACCCCGCGGCUGUUUCAAACUUCUUCUUUGUUGAUGCAGGCUCAGAAGAAGAAAGGAAAGCUCUCGCCGAAGAUAGCAAAGUUGCAGAGGAAAUAUCAGGAGAACAAUGGAAAGCCGGUGUUCCUCAAGGGCGGCCCCAUGGACAACAUUCUUUAUAGGCUGACUUGGGUGCUGGCCAUCAUUGGCAUCUUGGGCGAUGUCUGGCUGUGGCUUGGAUACAUAAUAUACAAUUAAAGCAUAUUACCCCUCCAUGUACACAGUACACACACACACCAUACACAACAUACACAUCAUACAUAUCAAUCAAAAAAUGUGAUACUAAAUCGAACAGACAAAUCCGUUUCCUGCACAACUUCUAUGUGACCUUCCCCGGACAAAAUAAACCAAUUUGAUUUCGAUUAAAA